AUGCUCCCAGCGAAUGGCCAGACUGCUGUUAUCCAAUCCAAAACAUCAUCCCAUGGUCUACCACUCGUAGUCGCUCAUGGCCGACCUUUACCGCCCUUACCCACGCCAUACCAUGUGCGAGUCCGCGUCUUAGCCGUCGGCCUCAAUCCGACCGACUACAAAAUGGUGACGCAUUUCUUCAUGCAAGAUAAUACCGCUGGUUGCGACUUUUGCGGCAUCGUUGAAGAAGCAGGCCCGCAGUCGGUCCUUGGUCUUGGCCUUCGAGUAUGCGGAGCCGAUUUCCCAUAUCGCCCUAGCAAUCCUUACAACGGCGCCUUUGCUGAGUACGCAACAGCUGACUCACGUCAUCUCCUGCGCAUCCCGGACGGCGUCUCCGACCUGCAGGCCGCAGGAAUAGGCGCUAUUGGAUGGGGCACCGCAGCCCUGGCCAUCUCUGACCCCGCAGCCUUGGACCUCCCCGGCUUACCCUCGCGGCCGGAUUCUAGAGGCCUCCCUGUCUUAGUCUAUGGCGGUGCAACGGCGACUGGUAUCAUGGCGAUCCAAAUGCUAAAGCUCUCAGGCUAUAGCCCCAUCGCCGUUUGCUCAGAGAGUUCGGCGCCUCUAUGUAUGAGUCUCGGUGCAAUCGGUACCGCUUCUUACACUUCGGUGACGUGUGCCGAAGACAUCAAGGCCAUCGCCAAGGGAUCUAAAAUCAAGCAUGCUCUCGACUGCAUUACAGACGUCGAGUCGAUGGCCAUCUGCCUUGCUUCUCUCUCUCGCACAGGAGGCCGCUACGCCUGUCUCGAGGCAUUCCCCGAUGCCUGGUUGACCCGCCGCGCGAUAGCUGUCAAGGUCGUCAUGGGUUUUGAAGGACAGAACGUCGAUGUCGAUCUUGGUCAUCCUGUGUACACACGCAAGGCCAAUCCUGCUUUGCAUGCUGUUGCUGGCGAGUGGGCACGCGAGUUGCAGUUGCUGUUGAACGACGGGCAGAUUAAGACACAGCCUAUGCAGGAGAUCGGAGGUAGCUUCGAAGGCGUCAUCAAGGCUCUGGAGAUGCUGCAGAGAGGAGACGUCAAAGGCAAGAAGUUGGCUAUCCGAAUAGCUUACUCAAAGUAAUGGAUGAAGUUGUUCGUACGAAUCUUUCGAAAUUUAUGCUUAUCGCUUCUUG